GUGGGCCUGAGUGGGGCGGGCUGGGAGUACCGCACCUGGGGCUAGCUGGGUCAUGGCCUCGGAGGAGCUGGCGCAGAAGCUGCAGCGGCGGCUACAGUUGGAGGAGAGCGGGGCGGCGGGCGAGGUGGUGGACAAGGGUGAAGUUGUGGCCGAGGCUACGGCCGAGGCGGAGCGGGGCUCCCUGACGGCCCGGGCGGGCGCGGAGCUGACCGCCAAGUUGUGCCGGCGGCAGGACAUCAACGAGGGGGCGACGCAGCCCCGCCGGGCCGCCGUCUUCAAUCCAUACACCGAAUUCAAGGAGUUCAGCCGACGGCAGAUCAAGGACAUGGAGCACAUGUUCCGCUUGUAUGACUCAGGACGGGAUGGAUACAUUGACUUGAUGGAGCUGAAGCUGAUGAUGGAAAAACUGGGAGCCCCACAGACCCACUUGGGACUGAAAAACAUGAUCAAGGAGGUGGAUGAAGACUUUGAUGGGAAGCUAAGCUUCCGUGAGUUCCUGCUUAUUUUCCAUAAAGCUGCAGCUGGGGAACUUGAGGAGGACAGCGGCCUGUUGACUCUUGCAAAGCUCUCAGAGAUAGAUGUCUCCCUUGAGGGAGUCAAAGGAGCCAAGAACUUCUUUGAAGCUAAGGUUCAGGCUCUCUCUUCGGCCAGUAAGUUUGAAGCAGAGAUAAAAGCUGAGCAGGAUGAGCGGAAGCGAGAAGAGGAGGAAAGGAAACACCGCCGGGCAGCUUUCAGGGAGUUGAAGUCUGCUUUUACCCAGUAACACACCAGCCAGUACGCUCUCUGAGACUGCACAUGACUUGGUACGUUUCCCGGAUCGGGGCUCUGCCUGGAGAGAACUGCCUGGAUCCUGCCUAAAAUUCAUUACAGCUUUGCUAGCCUUCCUCUCCUGAAGAUCCUCCCGAGUUUCUAAGGGCACAAUUCUUACAGUUACAGUGCAUUCAUAACAAGGUCAAUUGUAAGAGCUGUGUACAUGCUGCUUGCUCUGGAUUGUCAGGAGCACAUCCUCCUGAAGCAGAAAGAGCAGGUAACAAGUCAUGGGUAGGCACUGACAAGUGUCAUGCUUGCCAGCUUCAUCCCUUUCUUUUUUCUACACAUCCUUUUAUCUCUUAGCCACAUAUUAAUUCAUUCCUUGCUUACAGGCAAGUAGUGAGGUCUUGUGUAAAUCAGGGUGUAUGAAGUACAGCUUGAAAUCCUGUACACUUCUACUGCUGUUGGGUGUUGUCGCUCAUCCUCCACUAUCCCUUUUCUUCCUCAAAGCCCCAUGCCGCAGGCACUGUGAAAAUACUGUGAAGAGAGAAAGAUAGUUACUAGGGACACUGAUCACAAGUAUCAUUUUCUGCCAUCCAGCAUGUUGGAGAGUCAUCCAGUUUUUCUUCUCUGAAGUGCCAUACUAACAAACCUUUCAAUAAGAGGUGAGAUUCAAUGGAUUCAAAGGGAGGAAGCUGACCCUCUUGGGUGAGGAACAGAGAACUGUGAGUUGCCUGACCACAUAUCUUCAUUCACAUUCCGUCACGUUAGCGUACUGUAUGGCUUCACUGUCUUUUCCAGCCCUAGGCAGCUGUACCUGGUUUUAAGGGAUAUUGUCAGCUGGACAGUGAAUUUGCAUGACACACUGGGGUCUUCCAUUUGGAAAUUUGCUCCUAUCUUGGUUGAUGAAGGUGACAUUGAUUUCAUUAGAGCCACAACAGGUAACACCAGCAUGUACUGACCAAUAUCUGCUUGAGAAGAGCAGUGAGAUGAACAUAUUUAAGCUGAACUUAAAUUGGAAGGUUUGCACUAUAUUAGCCAUUUUCUUUUGCAAAUGCAGGAAACUUGCCCACAAAUGUUAAGAUGCCCACAGCUUGUCUGGAUAUAUAUGCUGUAGGUCAUGGCAGGGCAGCUGUGUUCCCUCAGAGGCCUCUCUUGAAACAUGGAUUUGCUUGGAUUCUGCCUCUGCUAUUGCCCCUGUUGUUGCAUUUACUUUUUUGUCUGCUUUCCAGCACAAAACUCAACAGUCAUCAUUUGUCUGUUUUGCUUCUUACACUGUGAGCACUAAACUGUGAGCGUGGAAUAAUACAUAGAAAAACCUCUAUUCUUUAAUGUCAGGUGAAAGAAUUGCUAAACAAUUAAUUAACUGUGUAUAUAUCUUCACAGAUUAUAUUUUAUAAAUCACGCUUUUUUAGCUAAAUAUUUAUAAUUAAAUGUUUUUAUACUUUACAACAAAGCAGAUAAUUUCAUCUUCAAUUAUUUCUCCUGUUGCUGAAAUGUACAAAUAAAGCAUUUUUAUCUCCA